UCCUGAUGACCCAGUUGUACAUGACUCCAACCGGGUCACCAGGAGGGAUCAGCCAAUGAAGUUGGAAGUCCACCCAGUUGACUACAUUAGAAUGGUGGACGCUCUCAAUUGUGCUUCCCACGCUAAGACGACCUUUUGGCCACUCCAGUCCUCUAUAUUUCUCUAUGCUUCUUCCUUGGCUCCUAAGAAGAGUUGUUGGAGCAGGUUGUAAGAAGACCACCCACGGAACUGAACGCAUGUUGGUACAGUGUAUGUUCACAAACCCGCCAAUCCGGAGUACUGCUUAGGGAAGCAUAGGAGGAGCAGCAAGGCCUCAUCCCUGAGAAUCUACAUUCUCCACCAUCUGAGAGACUGGUGUGACUCAUCUAGAGAGUCCAUCCACUGGGGAACUCCAUGGUACAGGGCCCCUGAAGGGCUGGGACCAGCACUGAGGGCCAGAGGCAGCCGUGACGAGAUGGGGUAGGGGCUGAGGACAGAGCCAUGGUUCAUGACGGCUCAGCCCCCCACACGCCGCCAGCACAGGUGGGCACCAAUGGCCGCUCUUCUGAGAGGAAGAGGACACCGAAAGCAUGUGACUGCUGUGGGCCCAACUCUAAGCUCCAUGAUGGGAAGGCCCCACAUGGGAAGAAUCCGGGUCGCAAGUCCCGACAACGCAGGGCCCAGCCUGGGAAGAGCAAGGGCCAGGCACUGGGGGAGACCCCUAAGAGAAAGGGUGGUCGCCCAUCUUAUAAGAAGACCCUGAUGACAGAGGAGCAGGUAACAGCCAUCCGAGAGGAGCUGGAGAAAGACUCUGCCGUGGAGCAGGUAACAAACCCUUUGGCUUCACCUGUAACCAACUCUGUUGGUCAACCCUUAUUGAACUCUAUGGGUCAGAAGUUAACAUACACUAUGGUUAAACUGGUGAAUAAGUCUGUGGUUCAACCGGUAACGACAUCAGUGGUUGAGCAUUUUGCUGAUUCAAUAAUAGAGCAGAAGAGAGCCUGUGAAGGGGCUGUGUGUGAGGGGGAAAAGGCCCCUGGUUCAGUCAAACAGCCAGUUAUAGACCCUAAGAUGGAGGUCCUAAAGCAGCCCCCGCCCCAAGCUGGUGACCCAGCUGUCUUCCUUUCCAACGGUACAUCAGCUGUCCCCAAAGAGGAACCAACAGACUGUAGCACCCCUAUGGAGGUGGAACCAUCAGCCAUAGCCUGUGUUUCCCCAGGCAUUAUUCUGUGCAGCACCCUACACACAUUUGCUCUGUGGGACCACCGAGAUUACUGCAAGAUAGGAGUGUGGGCUCAAAGACCUGAGCAGGGAAGUGCCACAGACCUAGCACAGCAGUCCCAGCCAUCACCGCUACAACCCAAACCAGAAGAUGGCAUCCAUGAAGGAAUCAGAGACCUCAUCCAUGAGUUUCUGGAGCUCUUCUAUGUGACGUACGGGAGUUUCAUCCCCCUCAGUGAGACUGAUGUCUUGGAGCACCUGAAGAACAAGUGUAACACAGACUUCAUUGACAAGAAGCUAAACAUCCAUUUAGAAGUUUUGAAGUACAAAGCGGGUCUAGCCUCCAUCCCUAUGAACUGCUUUAAAGUGGACUACAACAAGCACACUCUGACCCUGGAGGACCUGUCCACACUGGACGAUCAAAACUGGGUCAACGACCAGGUGAUAAACAUGUAUGGCGAAUUGAUCAUGGAGGCUACAGAGCACAAGGUUCAUUUCUUUAACAGCUUCUUUCACAGGCAGCUGGUGGCCAAAGGCUAUGAAGGGGUUAAGAGAUGGACCAAAAAGGUGGAUCUGUUUUCCAAGAGUCUGCUGCUGAUUCCUAUCCACCUGGAGAUCCACUGGUCCCUGAUCACAGUAGACAUGGCCAACCACCACAUCCACUACUAUGACUCACAGGGCAUUGUCUUCAAAUACACCAUAGAGAACAUCAUGAGAUACAUCCUGGCCGAGGCGAAGGAGAAGAAACAAGCUACCUAUCAGAAUGGCUGGAAGAUGAUUAUAAACAAGGGUAUUCCUCAACAGAAGAACGACAGUGACUGUGGAGUCUUUGUAUUGGAGUACUGCAAGUGCCUGGCUUUAAAAGAACCGCUGCAGUUCACACAGGAUGACAUGCCCAAAGUCCGCAAGAGGAUUUACAAAGAGCUCUGUGACUGUAAACUGAGUGACUGACAGCUGAGAAAGUACACCUGCCUUUCCAGUGAACCGUGGGUUAACAACUGUUAUUGCACAAGGGCCAUUUAACACUUUUUUUUUUUUUUUUUAACUACUGGAGCCAAGGAGAAACUGAAGGAAUUGCCGUAGAGACACAACAUUUGGCUGGUGACAGUCUUUUCUCUCCUUCAGAGGAGGGCCAGUGGGUGCAUAUUCUGCAAUAAUUGUAUUUUUUUUUUUUUAAAUGCCCCAUUUAAAAAAAAAGAAUCUUUAACGGGAGGGAGGGACCUGAGACUUUGAAUUCCUUUGGGCGUUGACGUCCACAAAGUUUCCAUUGUUGACUGACUGACCUGGGUCUGGAGCUAAAGCUGCUGCUAUAAGGUUUCAGAUGCCAGUGACGGACCUAUAUGUGCUGAUACCGUUUCCUAACUUCAGUUCUUGAAACUGUAAAUGGCAGAUUUUUUGGACAUUGGGUGAAAUUUAAAGGUUCUUGUUUUAUAUCAUGUAAUAAGACUCAAAGGCUAGCUUUUAAUUGAAUGUACUGUUUUGUUACUACUUCCGCUCUCUUGGGCUAGAUUCAAUCUGUAUCACGGACGAUCCACAUUUGACAAAUUUAAAGGUCAUUUCCAAUUGCGCUGACAUGCAGCAUUUACGUGAAUGCAGUCUCUGCGAACGCGGGAACAUUGUCUUGAAAUGUAAAUCGAGCUAUAACGUGGAUCUUUCCCGCUAGGGAUUGAAUUCAGCUCUUAGUUCUUGUGAAACUCCUUCGCAUCAAACAGCAGUUGAGACAGUUGAGCUUAGAUUCAAUGUGGAAGAUCCGAACUAUAGGGAGACUGCCUUUUUUACAUUUCAAUGUUUCCGCGUUCGGUAAAUAUUACACGUGUCGGCUCAAUCAGAAAUUACAUUUACAUUGCGCCAUUACAUUGAUCUUUCAGGAGUUAAGUGAGAGAUAUUUAGUUACAAUUGGCCAUGCUACUCCACUGAAAAUGGCUUCAUAAACACUGCUCUUUCUACUUCCUGUCAAAUACUGUACACCUUAUUGUUUUUGAACAGCAUAUCUUGACAUAGUGUACUGAGGAAGAAGUAAUGCCUUUUUUUUGUAUGAGGGGCUGGCGAGCUAUGGUUCUCCUUGGAGGACCACCAAGCACUUGAGCUGACUCAGUUGGUGUCAGUUACCCAUCAGAGGAGCUGGUCCACAGACUGGGUGUAGUUGGGGAAACGCUGCUGUCGAACAUGCUGAAUGAAUCCAUUUAUACUGUCAUCCAUUUCAUUCCAGAACACUAGGUUCCAUUAGAGAUCAUGUUCACAGCAUUCUCUGUACUAGGGUUAAAUCUGUUUAAUCUUCGUUGAGAGAGACUUUCUGGUUUUUAUUUCAUAUUGUUCUUGAUUUAAGCUGCUGUGGUAGAACCUGAAAUAUUGUAUUGCAAUUUAUUGAUGUAAUACAGGGUUAUACUUACAAAUAGAUACCCAGAGGGGUUAAAUUGGGAUUCUCUAGAUGUGAAAACUGUCCUCAAAAUUUAAUGUUAAUGGAAGUUCCCAAUGUAUGCGUCUCAUCAUAAACGGUGGCACAGUUUCCUUUCUAAGUUGACUCCUGAAUACAUUCAUACAAACACCAUGA